GCAGGCGCCUUGUUUUCUCGAUAUGGCGACGACGGACUCGGCACUUCUCACCGGCGACCGGGCCGCGAUGGAGUUCUCGGAUCCGUCCGUGAUGUCGUCUUCCGGCGCCAUUCGCGUGUCCCGCUUCACGCUGCUCCUCGCCGCCUGCACAGUCCUCGCAGCUCUCAUCCUCACCGGCAUUUUCGUGCACGAGUUCACGAAAGCCGGGGACGCCGCAGGAGCCAGCAGCAGCAGCGCCGCCGCGGGAGGAGCAGCAUCGGCAGGAACGUCGGGCGGCGCCGCCGCCGCGACGGAAGCGUCCUCCGCCGCAAGACCCCGACGCACGUUGGCCGACGUGCUGCUGCCGAAUCACCUGCGACCGACUGUUUACCGAGUCAAGUUGCAGCCGUUUCUCGAGCCCGGCAAUUUCGUGACGCGUGGCAGCGUGUCGAUUGACUUUGAGUGUUUGCGGGACGCGAAUAACGUGACUGUGCAUGCGAGGAACCUGAGUGUGGUGACGGAGACUGUGCGAGUCGUGGGUGUGGGUGGUGGGCGUGACGCCGGGGUCGCGUUGAAGGUGGUGGGCCAGACGUAUCACCCGGGGUCGGAGUUUUACACGGUGCACUUGGACCCCGGGUCCGGGUCGGGGUUCGCGUUGGUGCGGGGCAGCAACUACACGGUGUCCAUGGACUUUGCCGGGUUCUUGCACGACAACCUCGUGGGCUUCUAUCGCAGCUCGUACACCUACAACAACGAGACCAAAUGGCUGGCAGUGACUCAGUUCCAAGCGACUGAAGCGCGACGAGCGUUUCCCUGCUUUGACGAACCCGCCUACAAAGCCCGCUUCCUGAUCUCGUUGGCCCGACGCGAGGGCAUGGUUGCAGUUUCCAACAUGCCGGUAAAAACCACUGUCCCUGUAGAAGGGUACCCAGGUUGGAUGUGGGACCAGUUCGAGCAAUCCGUGCCAAUGUCGACUUACCUGGUCGCGUUCCUCGUCAGCGACUUGCCCUUCAUCGAAGGUCGGAAGGCACACGCCGUUUUCAAAGGUGAAUUGCCGGCGACGUCGGCUCAGCCCGUCACGUCGAGCACUGCUGUCGAUUUCAAUGACGUGUCGAAGCCGAAGUUGAGGACAGAGGAGGGAAACGAGAUCAUGCUUCGUAUUUUCGCCAGACGUGAUGCUUUGGACCAGGCGGAAUUCGCCAGAGCAAUCGGCCUGCCAAUCCUCUACUUUUUUGAGACAUACUUCAACGUUUCUUAUCCAUUGCCAAAGCAAGACAUGGUGGCAUUGCCGGACAUGAGCGCCUCUGCCAUGGAAAACUGGGGUCUCAUCACUUACAGAGAAUCCGCGUUGCUGUAUGACAGCAAGGUGUCAUCAGCAAGGGCUCAACAAACGGUCGCAGUGGUGAUGGCCCACGAACUCGCUCAUCAAUGGUUCGGCAACCUGGUGACCCCCAAGUGGUGGACCGAUUUGUGGUUGAAUGAAGGAUUUGCGUCCUACUUGGAAUACGUCGGAGUUCACCACGUGAGACCCAGUUGGAAGAUAUUCGACAGCUUCGUCUGCACGUCAUUGCAGGGCUCCUUCAUGUCCGACUCUUACACGACGUCGCAUCCGAUUUCAAUCGCUGUCACUCACCCCGACGACAUCGAGGAGAUCUUUGAUUCGAUUACUUAUUACAAAGGGUCGGCGAUUAUCCGAAUGAUGGACCAUUUCCUGGGGAACAAGUCGUUCAGACGAGGAUUGACCAACUAUCUGCGGGAAAUGGCUUUCAAGAACGCGGAGCAGGACGACUUGUGGGGCUACAUGAGCAAGGCUGCCCAUGAUGCUGGCUCCCUGCCAAGGAGUCUGUCGGUUAAGGACAUCAUGGAUACGUGGACCCUGCAAAUGGGAUUCCCCGUGGUCACAGUCACUCGCAACUAUGACAACAACUCGCUGAACAUCACUCAGGAGAGAUUUUUGCUGAACCCGGCGCAGGCCAACAAGUCUGCCUCCACGGGCAAGUUCGGCUAUUUGUGGCACGUGCCCAUUAGCUACACCCAGCGAACCCGUGCCAAUUUCAGUUUGGCGAACACGAUGCCCAAAUUCUGGAUGAGCGUCAACGAGUCCAGAAAAUCUGUUGCCCUCGCAUUUGACGAAGUUCCCCGCGGCGACUGGGUCCUCUUCAACGUCCGCCAAACCGGGUACUACAGAGUCAACUACGACGCGGAAAAUUGGCGCAGAAUCAACGAACAAUUAGUUCACGAUCACGCCAUGAUCGAUGCGGCGAAUCGAGCGCAGAUCCUCGACGAUGCUUUCAAUCUCGCCAGAGCCGGGAUUAUCCCUUACGAAAUCCCGCUGAAUUUGACGAGUUAUCUCGUCAAGGAAACCGAAUAUGUGCCUUGGGCUGCCGCUUUGAGAAAUUUGGCGUAUUUGCGUGAUAUGCUCGUCCACACGUCCUUGUACGGGCAAUUUAAGGAGUACAUGAUCAGCUUACUGACCCCGAUUGUGAAGAAGACCAGGUUCGAAACAGUAGAAGAAGUGGAGACGGAUUACGAGAACAUCACGGACACAUACCUUUCCAUCGACAUCCUCAGAUGGGCUUGCAAACUAGAAAUUCCGUCGUGCUUACAAAAUGCAACCCAGCUUUUCCAGCGAUGGAUGCUCGAUUACAACGUGAACAAUCCCGACAUUCCGAGGCGAGAUAAGUCCGAACGUGAAGACGAUCGUGUAUUGCACCGGCAUCGAGAUGGGUGGCGAAAAGGAGUGGGAUUUCGCCUUCCAGCACUUUUUGCGCAGCAACGUAGCUUCCGAGCAAAGCAUGAUCCUGAGAGCACUGGGAUGCACCAGGAACCUCUGGCUUCUUCGAAGCAUGAGACGGGCAUCAGGAAGCAAGAUGCUGGAACGGCCUUCUCAGCCGUGGCUCGGAAUGAGUUGGGAGCCGACAUGGCCUUCCAUUUCCUGCGCAACAACUUCAAGAAGAUCAAAGAACAGUAUGGAUCCGGUCCUUUCUCGAUGGGUCUGAUAAAAGACUUCCAGAAGUACUUCAAUCUAGAAAGUCAAUAUAUCAUGUUUCAAGAGUUCCAGAAAACGUGUCACAAUGACUUGGGAUCUGCGAAACGAGCAACGGAUCAAACGCUGGACGCAAUUGAAGGAAAUAUUCAGUGGAUUUCAAACUACGAAGAGGGGAUUCACAAGUGGCUGAAACUAAGAAAACUGAAGCUUUCGGAUUAUGUCACUCGUGGAGCCAUCGAGCAGAAAUCUGCAGCCACAGAUUCCCAUUGUUCGAAUCUCGGAGUUUCUCUCGCGGGUUCAAACGCAUGGACGUGUUUGAAGGAUUCCGUCAUUGGAUUACCUUUGUCCAUCAGUAGUGUCUGAAGCUUUGCAGAUGAUUUGCAUUUUGAUCCGUUGUGUAGAUCUCAUGGUGUCCAGAAAAUGUGUAUAGUUUUUUGCUUCGAGAUGGCUUUUCGCAAGUGUCGAUCUUAACUUCGUUGUGCAACAACUAUGGUGUGCGUUUGGCUGUGAAUUUCAUUGCUCAAUUGUUAUUGAUACAAUAUCCCAAUAUUUUUAAAGUCAAAUUUUUGGUAAGUGGUGCUAUACAAAUGGAGCAUCCUUUAAUGUGCAAUACUCUGUUUAUUUGUUAUUUGAGAAACUAAUUGAUCUUCUGACAAAACCCCUUAACGAUUAGAUUCGGAGUCAAGAGACGUGAUGGUUUGCUCUGAAGUCUGGACCCGUUUUCGGCAAUUCCUGGAGUGCGGAAUUUGUUCGCCGGUCUGUUUUGUAUCCCUCCAAGGUAUCCUGACUUUUGACAUUUUUCAUUUGUUUUUUCCCCACAGACAAGCAAUGGAUUCAAUGCAUACUUGCAAAUUAAGGGCAGAAUGUGAUCACUGCAGUGCUUGUGAUGAAAAAUUUGGUUUCUAUUUGGAGGAUGAUAAUCGAGACUCGUAUAAUAUAAGAAGAAAAAUAUGUUCCACUCACUUCUGCUCCUUUUCGAAUGAGGAAAUCAGCUAAUUAAUGCACGCACAAUAGAAAAUUCUCAUUUUAUUCAAAAAUAAAUAAAUUCCUUGCUCAUCUGUAUGAAAACCUUUUUUCACACUCAUAAAAUGAUAUAUCACUGAAGGGCUGACAGGAAAUAUAUUUGCAGGGGUGUCAAAAACAGUGCUUGGUGGAAAUCUUGGAUCGCUAGAUUGAUGCAAUGUAAAUUGAUUCAGAUGAGCCUCAAGAUUAAACUGACACCACUUGAAGUCGACAUGCUAAUGCGAUUUCUAUCACGUUUUUUGCAGGGUAAAGAAUUAAAUCACAUUCCUGUAACAAUGCCUGAAGAAGUCACUGCUGAAGAUGUCCAUCUUUUUCUUAUUUGAGUAACAAACACUUGUAUGUGAAUCUUGGAAGUUUUUUUUUUACCAUCUUGUGUGACUAGAAAUAUAUCACAGCCUCCUGCUCAGAUUAAGGGUAAAAUGUUCUGCAAAAAAAUGUGAGUCGGUCAGUAAAUAAAUUACUGUAUUCUGUAAUUGCAAAUUUGCCCGAUGACCAGUGGGUAGACGUUUGGAACGCCGCUCCAGACUUCCUCCAGUGAUUGUUAGCUAUUUUGCCAUGAGCCCUUCAGUCUACAGGAAAUAGCGUAUUUCCUGUAACUGGCUGCACCAAGGCAAGUAAAAAUCAAAACUUCUCGAAACAACGCCCGCUUAUCUCGCGAAAGUGUAUUUUAUUGUACAGUGAAACAGAACACAUCGUUGAUUUAAGACAGUCCAUAGCUUGAAUUCUUAAGUCAUUACAAGAAUUUGAAAGUUACGGAAUACCGGUACAUUGAUUUUUCGCACAUACAUUAUUUAUAGGACUUGGCAUCCCAAGUACAUAGUACUGUACAAUAUUUCGAUAUUAAAUAAAUGAAGUUCGACGAUAAAGUGUUUUACAUUUGUAAAACGCAUUGCGGCUCUCAAAUUAUUUUGAAAUUAAAAAAAUUAUUUGAUCCAAGUUCUUGAUUCAUUAUUCUUCAGUUACCCUUGGUGUCUUUUCGAAGCUUUUGUUUUGUCUUUUGUCAUUCGUCACAGUAUUUCUUAUGAUGUGAACCGUGUCUGUGAAUCAAUGUGUCUAAACAAAACAAAGGAAUUCUGAUGA